GGGGAGAAGUAUUUUAAUGUGCUAUGGCGGAAACCGACUACAAAGAAGAACAAGACCUGGGAUGGCGACGGGAUCGUUUCAACGCGGGAGGGUUAUCUCUAUCUGCAGGACGUCUCGGGGAGGGAGAUGGGUCGAGCCGCGUAUGCAUCCGCAUCUGCUCUAAAGGAGGGCGUGAUCCUCUCGAUUGGAGGGAAAGAGGUCGAGGUUGAUUCGGAGAUCUCGAAGAAGGAGUAUAUCUCGGGGAGACAGUCUCUGGGGACGAACAAACAAGAGACAUCGCUGCGGUCUUCGCCAAGGAAACAGCAAGCGAAAAGACCGUCUGUUCCUGUGUCGAGUACGAGUAGUCGGGGCGAGAAUGCAUCGCAGCAGCCGGUCUCUGGUGGUGCUGGUUCUGGUGCUGGUUCUGGUGCUGGUUCUGGUGCUGGUUCUGGUGCUGGUUCUGGUUCUGGAUCGGGCAAGACCCGGGUCAAAGAGAAUCGGCCAUCCAGUUUAGCGAGUCGAGGUUCGGUUUCGGGUGCGUUCAAGAAGCCCUUACUUGAGAAUACGGUCAUGCCUGUUACCCCGUCUGAAGAGCCUACCCCCCGCCAUGACCCCAAGCAGCCCGGGGCGUUGAUAAUGCCGCGACCUAGCUCGGUGCCCAAAGGGAAACGGAUUGUGGAUGUUGUUGUUGAUCCUAUCCUGUGUAAGCACCUACGGCCGCACCAGCGAGAGGGUGUGAAAUUCCUAUAUGAGUGCGUUAUGGGAAUGAGGUCGUUCAACGGCGAAGGCGCGAUUUUAGCCGACGAUAUGGGUCUUGGGAAAACCUUGCAAACUAUAACUCUACUGUGGACUCUGCUGAAGCAGAAUCCGGUCUAUGAGAGCGCGCCGGCCAUCAAGAAGGCUUUGAUUGUUUGCCCGGUCACGUUAAUCAAUAACUGGAGACGAGAGUUUCGGAAAUGGCUUGGGAACGAGCGCAUCGGUGUUUUCGUCUUUGACGAUAAAAGGAAAAGAUUGACGGAUUUCACUAUGGGUAAAGCGUAUAGCAUCAUGAUUGUUGGCUAUGAGAAGUUGAGGACUGUCCAGGAGGGGUUGGCUCGCGGCAAUGGAGUCGACAUUGUCAUUGCGGAUGAAGGGCAUCGACUGAAGACGCUUCAGAACAAAAGCGGACAGGCCAUUCAGUCGCUCAAUGCUAAUAAGAGGGUCAUACUCUCUGGAACCCCCAUCCAAAACGACCUGAAAGAGUUUUUUGCUGCUGUGGAUCUUGUCAACCCGGGCAUUCUGGGGUCGUUCAAAUCCUUUAUCAAGGAGUUUGAGGGCCCCAUUGUGAGGAGCAGACAACCUGAAGCCACGGAGAAAGAUAUCGAAAAGGGAGAAGCUAGAAACGAAGAGCUCCGAGAACUAACCUCAAAGUUUAUGCUGCGGAGGACGGCAGACAUUCUCGCCAAGUACCUGCCCCCAAAGACAGAAUACGUCCUGUUCUGCAACCCUACCAAUACGCAAUCGAAGAUAUACCAGAAUGUGCUUGCUUCGCCAGUUUUCCAGUACGCCAUUGGCAACUCCGAGAGCGCCUUGCAACUCAUCACUAUCCUCAAAAAGGUGUGCAACAGCCCUUCGCUACUUUCGCCAAAGAAUGCCAAUGAGAAACCGAGCGAGACCAUCUCCGCCCUCCUAUCGUCACUGCCACCGAACCUCCUCCGUUACUUCUCCCCAUCAUGCAGUGCGAAGAUCCGCGUUUUGGACCAACUUCUGCACCACCUGCGCACAUCGACCUCUGAAAAGAUCGUCCUUGUCUCAAACUAUACCUCAACCCUGAACCUCCUCGCCAACCUUCUAACCUCCCUCUCCUUCCCUUUUCUCCGCCUCGACGGCUCCACCCCAGCGCAGAAACGCCAGGGCCUAGUCGAAGACUUCAAUCGCCUUUCACCAGACCUCUGCUUCGCCUUCCUUCUCUCAGCCAAAGCAGGCGGGACCGGCCUGAACCUGAUCGGCGCCAGCCGUCUCGUCCUCUUUGACGUAGACUGGAACCCAGCGACAGACAUUCAGGCCAUGGCCCGUAUCCACCGCGACGGCCAAAAGCAUCCCUGCCAUAUCUACCGCAUCCUCCUAAAGGGCAGUCUAGAAGAGAAGAUCUGGCAACGCCAGGUCACGAAGAUUGGACUUGCGGAUAGCGUCAUGGAACAUAAGGAUAGCGUUGCGCAGUUCUCCCGCCAUGAACUCAAGGAUCUUUUCAGGCUGGAUGUGGAGAGUAAAUGCCAGACGCACGAUCUUUUAACAUGUGAUUGCGGUGGCAAAGGAUACACAACGACGACCCCGGAUAGCGAUGAUACGCCAGUAGAAGAACUCAGCGAAGAAAAUAACGACGGCAACGAAUCAGAUAUAUCCCUCCCCGACCUCCCAACCCUCAUGAAAGCCUCCGAGGUAGACAUGGAAGAGCAAGAACGACUCGUCAAAGAGAGACCCAGCAACUCAAGAUCCAGAAAUAAAAAUAAGAGCUCGGACAGCCGCACCAGCGAACAAAAAAUUCAGCAAAGUCUCUCACACUACACCCACAUCGACCCCUCGCUGUUCCUCCCAUCGCAUGGCCCGGACUCGGCCUUAGCGACUGAGGAAGAACAACCCGAAGGACUAGACCUAGACCAGACUAUCGACGACGAAGUCUUGCGCUCUUUACUCAAAGACGAGGAGAACCGGGUCCAUUAUAUAUUCAAGAAAUCAACAAAGCCCGAGGUUAAACAGGACACCGUCGAUCCUUCUAACGUCGAUAGUGGGAUAGUUAAGCCCAAGCCCAAGCCUAAAAAGGGAGCCGGGGCUGUGACUGCGGCUGGGAAUGGCACUGUGGACUCUCCGGUUGAUCUAUCGGAUUAGAGUUAC